AUUGAUGUUAGACAAAGUAGCAUAUGCAACACCUCAUCCUAUUUUCUCCUAGUUCUCUUUCCCAUGUUCCCACUUCGUUCAGCAUGUUGUAGUUUUAAAACAUGUUCUUUAUUGGAAUAAACCAUGUGUAUUAACGGAAUAUAAGAAAAUAAAAAAAAGUAAAGGUUAAUCUAUAUUACGUUUAUUUCACAGUUUUAUUAUAUAUUGAAUGGCGAGGGAGAAGCAUCCGUUUGCCUCACUUACUUGUUGGCUUCACUUUCCCCUUAAAUAAAAAAAUAUCUGUCCUGGAAAUUGCUCUGCCACCAGCAUCAGCAGCCACUGCUCCUUGAUGUUGUGGUAAAGCAUGCGCAUGCGCCACACAUUGGAAUUACUGCACUGGCCAGAAUAAGUUGGAUCACGUCUGUCUUCACUGAAAUCCAAAAUCAUAUCAAAACUAUGGCGGUGUUGAGAAUAAGAACAAUGAGAUACUUUGGGGUUUGGACCUUCCUCGUAAUAGUGGCUGUGGUCUGUGCGCAAAGGGUCAAUGACCCUAGCAAUAUGUCAAUCGUAAAAGAAACUGUGGAUAGACUGUUGAAAGGAUAUGACAUUCGCUUGAGGCCAGAUUUUGGAGGUCCCCCUGUGGGAGUGGGGAUGAAUAUAGACAUAGCCAGCAUAGACAUGGUAUCUGAAGUCAAUAUGGACUAUACAUUGACUAUGUAUUUCCAGCAAGCUUGGCGAGACAAGCGGUUAUCCUACUCGGAGAUUCCCCUCAAUCUCACCCUGGAUAACCGAGUAGCGGAUCAGCUGUGGGUCCCAGACACCUACUUCCUAAAUGACAAGAAGUCUUUUGUCCAUGGUGUCACAGUGAAAAACAGAAUGAUUCGACUCCAUCCAGAUGGAACCGUGCUCUAUAGCCUGAGGAUCACCACUACAGCAGCUUGUAUGAUGGACCUGAGACGAUAUCCGCUGGACGAACAAAACUGCACACUGGAGAUAGAGAGCUAUGGGUACACCACUGAUGACAUAGAGUUCUACUGGCGAGGAGGUCACAACGCUGUGACGGGGGUGGAGAGAAUAGAACUACCCCAGUUCUCCAUCGUGGACCACAAACUCAUCUCUAAGAAUGUCGUCUUCUCUACAGGAUCCUACCCCCGACUCUCCCUCAGCUUCAAGCUGAAGAGGAACAUUGGCUACUUCAUCCUGCAGACCUACAUGCCCUCUAUCCUGAUCACCAUCCUUUCCUGGGUCUCCUUCUGGAUCAACUAUGACGCUUCCGCUGCCAGAGUGGCUUUGGGAAUCACCACUGUGCUGACCAUGACCACCAUCAACACUCACCUGCGGGAGACCCUUCCCAAGAUCCCCUACGUCAAGGCCAUUGACAUGUAUCUUAUGGGUUGCUUCGUAUUCGUCUUCCUGGCCCUGCUAGAGUACGCCUUGGUCAACUACAUCUUCUUCGGCAGAGGACCCCAGCGCCAGAAGAGAGCGGCUGAGAAAGAAGCUGUUGCCAACAAUGAGAAAAUGAGAAUGGAUCCAAACAAGUGGUUGGUGGGAAAUGUAGUUCAGAGAGACGAUACUCUGUAUGCCAGAAUGAAACAGAGGGAUAUUGACGCUCAUGACUCGAUGUGGGAACCAAUCUUUGUGGACGAUGCAGCGAUAGGACUAGGCGAGGAAAAGAAUAAGAUGGACCCGCAUGAAAAUAUUCUACUGGGCACUAUAGAAAUUAAGAAUGAGAUGGGAGCAUCGGAGCUGACCCUUGGUCUCAGUGACCCCAGGAGCACCAUGUUGACUUAUGACAGCUCCACCCUGCAGUACCGCAAAGCAGGGCUGCAGGCCAGGCACAACUUUGGACGCAACACCCUGGAGCGCCACAUGCCUCAGAAGAAGAACCGGCUACGGAGGCAUGCUUCACAGCUGAAGAUCAACAUUCCCGAUUUGACUGAUGUAAACUCUAUCGACAAGUGGUCGAGAAUGAUCUUCCCCACUGUCUUUUCUUUGUUCAACAUAAUCUAUUGGCUCUACUACGUCAACUAAAUGGACUUCAGCAAGGGCAGAACUAAACAAACAACAAAGCUAGUUUUUCUCUGAAUAAUUAUCAUUUUGCUGUUUGUUCUUGCAACACAAGACUGAAUUACUAAAACAAAAUCAGGACUGACUCCAUUUUACCUUGGAACACCUUAAUUGCUGGCUAACACAUGAAAACCUUAGAGGAGAGCGAGAGAAAUUCAGAACAUAUACUGUAUGGUGCCUGUACCAGAGUUUUUGUUUAUAAUUUUACAAGUACAAUAUUUAGUGAAUUUAGUAUUUUAUCAUUUUUAAACGUUUGUUUGCAUAUAUUUGUAUGUUUUUACAUUUUAAAAUCUUUAUAUAUAUCUAUCUAAUUUGUUGCCAAAACAUAGUUAGAAAUAUUAAUGAUAUAUUGAUUUUUAAAUAUCUCAGACCACAAAGACACUCCUUAAAACAGUUACAAGCAUGUUCAGGUCAAUCUUUUCUAAGACUCAUUACUUCAAAGAUGUAAUGUUAUUUAUCCUAGAAUUUAUUUUGUCUUUAUAUUGUGAAGUUUCACGUUUUCAUAGUAUUAAUAUAUUAAGUCAUAGUUAAAGGGUUUUACGAUUAACCAACCUUUUCUACCUUGAUAUAGUUGAUAAAUCAUAUUAUUUAUUUUGAAGCAUUAUUUCAAUUCUAUGAAAGUGUUUGAUAGUGUAGUAGAUACUAUUUUAGACGACAGAAACAAACAUCAUUCCUAACCUUGACAGAAGAAACUAGAAAGUAAAGUUUAUCGGCCGUUGACAUUGAAUGCUGUAGCAUAGCUAACAGAUAAAUGCUUCACAAAGCCUUUGAUUCAUGAUUUGAUAUUGUUUUCUUAAAGUAUUCAUUCAGAAAAGGUACAGAAUAUUAACUUGAAAUGUAGAAGUUGAAUAUAUUGCAAAAAAAUUAGAAGAAACUGAGAAAGAAAUGGAGAAAGAGAAUGUUGCAUUAGUCUUCAAAGCAGUUUAAGAGUCAGUGAUACAGUGAUAGAUCAUGUAGAAGAUCAAUUGAAGAAAAAUACACAAACGUGUCUCUGAAAAAUUGUCCUUUGUCCAUUUCGGUCCUUUGUUCACAUAUCCGGAAGAUUACAGGAUAAUAUGAUGUAUUUGCUCAUAAUUGUUCUUCACAUGGAUAUACAGAAACAAACAUUGGCUCUAGUUUGUUAAGAAACAUCAGAUGGCAUCUUGUAAUUCAUAUUCCUAAUGAAUUGAGCCAGCAGUUAAGGAUUCUAUGAUAGGCAUUUCAUGAUGCAUCAAAAGACAAUCUUUCCUAUCACCAUGAUGUGUAAAUAUCUCUUGUAUAUGAUUAUUUAAAAAGUAAUGAUAUCUAUCACAGUUCCAGCGAGGAUCCAUCCAGAAUUUGUCCAUGAUAUAAUUAUCUUCAGGAGGUUGGAAGGUUUUGAAAACAAAGGUUUUGAGCAACUCCACCUUCCUAAAUUAUACACUGUCAUUACUGCCAUUUCUUUAUCAAAUAUCCAGGUGUUGACAGUAACUAUACAAAACAAAGAAUAUGAUAGAGAGAAAAGGCUGCUCUGCAAGCUGGCAAGAGAAACCACAAUGCACGAAAGCACAAUGCGGCUCCAAAUCUCAAUUGAAAAUGGACUGUCGUCUUAAGAUAAUAUGUUUAUUUCUGAUAAUCAGUUCAUUAAGUUUCUCUACUUUCCUUACAAAUUAUUACUAUAAGUAUACUGUAAUAAUACUUCUUUCUUGCCAAAUGAUUACUAUAAGUAUACUGUAAUAAUACUCAUUUCCUGUCAAUGCAUUCCAUUACUCUACUUUCCUGCCAAAUGAGUACUAUAAGUAUACUGUAAUAAUACUAAUUUCCUGUCAAUGCAUUCCAUUACUCUACUUUCCUGCCAAAUGAUUACUAUAAGUACACUGUAAUAAUACUCAUUUCCUGCCAAAUGAUUACUAUAAGUAUACUGUAAUAAUACUAAUUUCCUGCCAAAUGAUUACUAUAAGUACACUGUAAUAAUACUCAUUUCCUGUUAAUGCAUUCCAUUACUCUACUUUCCUGCCAAAUGAUUACUAUAAGUACACUGUAAUAAUACUCAUUUCCUGUUAAUGCAUUCCAUUACUUUACUUCCCUGCCAAAUGAUUACUAUAAGUAUACUGUAGUAAUACUAAUUUCCUGCCAAAUGAUUACUAUAAGUAUACUGUAAUAAUACUAAUUUCCUGUCAAUGCAUUCCAUUACUCUACUUUCCUGCCAAAUGAGUACUAUAAGUAUACUGUAAUAAUACUCCUUUCCUGUCUGGUUGUUUACCUUAUUAGUAAUACUCCAUGAAGGAUCACCUUAUGGCAACACUGCCAAUAGUAGAGUCAGCAUUCAAUGGAAAUUAAGAAACGUCAUAAACAUUUUGGAAACCGAAACACACAGUAGUACAUCGUACAACUGUUGCGUGUACCAUGUUUGAUCACUGACUUCGUAAAACAACAUUUUGCAUACAAACAGAUCCAAAAGCCAUAGUGUCUGUAUAGUAGGUGGUGCAACACUUCUUGGUGCUCUUGAGACUGCUCCCUCAAAACAGAGAUAUAGUUUGAAGAGAGAGACUAGAACAUUACAAUUUAUCUCCUAUGUUUCUUGAAAAUGUAUGGAAACACACACAGCGAUAACUGCACAAAUAUUAUAAAUGAUUUAUUUGUGAUAUCUGAUCAUUUUAGUGUUUGGUGACUCCCUUAGAUGAUCGGUAACAAUUAAAUAUAGAAAACAACCCCAUGAACAUAUGAAUUAUCAUUACAUGCAGAUAUUGUGACAUCACCUCAAGUGCAAUUGCAUGUUUUCAACAUACGUGGUAUUCACCCCAAAACAAUUCGCAUUGCAUGUUUUCAACAUACGUGGUAUUCACCCCAAAACAAUUCGUAUUGCAUGUUUUCAACAUACGUGGUAUUCACCCCAAAACAAUUCGCAUUGCAUGUUUUCAACAUACGUGGUAUUCACCCCAAAACAAUUCGCAUUGCAUGUUUUCAACAUACGUGGUAUUCACCCCAAAACAAUUCGCAUUGCAUGUUUUCAACAUAUGUGGUAUUCACCCCAAAACAAUUCGCAUUGCAUGUUUUCAACAUACGUGGUAUUCACCCUAAAACAAUUCGCAUUGCAUGUUUUCAACAUACGUGGUAUUCACCCCAAAACAAUUCGUAUUGCAUGUUUUCAACAUACGUGGUAUUCACCCCAAAACAAUUCGCAUUGCAUGUUUUCAACAUACGUGGUAUUCACCCCAAAACAAUUCGCAUUGCAUGUUUUCAACAUACGUGGUAUUCACCCCAAAACAAUUCGCAUUGCAUGUUUUCAACAUACGUGGUAUUCACCCCAAAACAAUUCGUAUUGCAUGUUUUCAACAUACGUGGUAUUCACCCCAAAACAAUUCGUAUUGCAUGUUUUCAACAUACGUGGUAUUCACCCCAAAACAAUUCGCAUUGCAUGUUUUCAACAUACGUGGUAUUCACCCCAAAACAAUUCGUAUUGCAAAUUUUCAACAUACGUGGUAUUCACCCCAAAACAAUUCGCAUUGCAUGUUUUCAACAUACGUGGUAUUCACCCCAAAACAAUUCGCAUUGCAUGUUUUCAACAUACGUGGUAUUCACCCCAAAACAAUUCGCA